AUGAAGUUCCGUUCAGACAUCCACAAUAUCACCCUCCUCUCCAAAGUCGCCGGUUCCCUUUCCGUCGUCGGAAAAAUCGGCUGGCUCCAACUAACCCCCUCCCAUCUUCAACUCCGCGUCCUCUCCACCUCCGAUAACAGUCAAUCCCAAGUCUGGGCCACAAUUUCAUCUUCUUCGAUCUUCACCGAUCCCAAGAUCUCCUCUGCCCACGAUAACAUCAUAAACCUCGAAGUCCCCCUCGACACCCUCCACCGUUCUCUCAAAUCCGCUGCAAGUUCUUAUACCUCAGCCAGUAUAAAACUUACAAAAAAGGAAGGAAUCCCACGUCUAAGCGUCAUUAUCACUACAGAGACAGCUGCAAGUAUGAACCAUGCAAAGAUUGUACAGGAUAUUCCGGUUAGAGUCCUAAGUCCUCAAUCCGUGGCGCAUUUGUGUAAACCCCUUGUUCCUCGACCGGGUUGUGCGGUCAUGUUACCGCCGUUGAAUCAGUUGAGGGGGAUUACGGAUAGGUAUGUUAAGAUGGUGGGAGCUAAUGGGAGGAUUGUGGUUGAGGGGAAUAAUAAUGGGGUAUUGAAGAUGAAGUUGGACGCUGAGGCUGUGAAGGUUGAGAGUGAAUGGAGGGGUCUUAUCAACCCGGUUGUUGGAGAGGAUGGAGGGAUGGAGUGGGAGGACGGCGAAGAAGAUGAGGAAGACGAAGAGCUGAAUACUCAGGAGAAGGAGAGAUUUUCGAAAGUUAUGGUGGAUAGUAGGGAUUGGGCGAAGGUGGUGAGGGUUAGUGCUGCUGGGAAGAGGGUUAUUGCUUGGCUGUGUAAUAACCAUUCGCUCGUGGUUUAUGUAUUUUUGGACGAGGAAGGGGAUAAUCAAGCUACCAUCAAAUUCCAUGGUGGUUUAAUCUUGAGACUAAAUUACUACGGAGAUAGUGUCUCUGGCUUCGAGACUAGGAGAUAG